AUGGACAUGCUAGGAAGAAGUACACAGUGUUGUAGAGUACUACAGUGUUUUCAAUGUGCGGGAGACACGGAAUACUACUGCAACACGUGUAAACAUGACCUGUGUCUACAGUGCAAAAAGGAACAUGAUACAAACUCCCAUACAAAGUUUCAUAAAGUGGUGUUAUAUAGGACACAAUAUUACAAGAAAGGCUUUUCUUCGUGCUGUAGAGUACGACAGUGUUUUCAAUGUCAGGGAGACACAGAAUUCUACUGUAACACGUGUAAACAUGACCUGUGUCUACAGUGUAAAGAGGAACAUGCUAUCAAUUUAAAUACCAUAGAUCACGACCUUGUGAUUUACCAAGAGAGGUAUGAAAAUAUCCCCAAACAAGAGACCUGUGUGAGACAUCCAGAUAGAAUGUAUGAAAUGUACUGUUCAUCAUGUGAACUACCUGUCUGUGUUCAAUGUGAAGAACACAGAAAACACAGAGUACUGGACAUCAGACAGUCAUAUAAUACUAACCGUCAACAACACAGAGAAAUCAUUCAUAACAUUAGAAGUUAUAAUAUCUAUAAAAUGUGUUUUCUUCUGAAUGGAAUCAAAUUCGCUAGAAAAAAUUGUUCUGUGGAAAUCUCCAACAGUCAGGUAGAAAUGUCAAUGAAAGCCCAGAGACUAAAGAACCUUAUAGAUGCUGUGAUAUGUGGUGUUAAAAUCAAACAGAAAUCUUUGAUGAUACAUAGAUUAAAUCAACAGCAUAAUAUAAUGAAAAGACACCUUGCCAGCAUAGAGAACUGUGAUCACAGAUUUGAAGGAUUGGCAAAAACACCAGUAAAAUUCCUCUCAUUUCUGAAGAAAACACGUGCACAUGCCAUUAAGAUAAAGGGUACCCCAAAUCUUACACAACACUCCUUGCUCUCCGUGGCUGAAGAAAUCAACUUGGAAGAUGUGAUUAGGUUACUAAGUGAAACUCAAAUUAUAGAGUCUGCAAGAAAAAUUCCGAAAAAUGAAGAUCUGCUGUACCUGUUGUCUAGCUCCAUGUUACGUAGAUCUGUCACAGUGAAAGGUGUUGAACGCGUAACACACAUAUCCCAUGUGACAUCAGACAAGGUCUGGGUCAGUAAUAUGGACAAUAUCAUGUUAAUAAACACAGAAGGUGAUGUACUGUAUCAUUUGACAAGUUUUAAUGUUUCAGAGCUAUUGUGCGUACAUACCGUGAAAUUGACUGGUGAACUUAUAUUUAUAGACUGGUAUGGUAACAUAAACACAUUAUCAAAAGAUAACAAAAUACAGUCUACACUGAUAGAAAAAACAGAAAUAUGGGAAGCACGUUGUGUUUUCUGUUCCCCUUCCAAUGGAGAUUUGCUGGUCGUGAUGUAUAGAGAUGAUCCUAUAGAAAUGGCCAAUGUAACACGUUACAACGACAGAGGACAGCUUACCCAGACAGUACAAAAUAAUAACAGAGGGCAGAGACUGUAUCGUAGACCUAUGUUCAUCACAGAGAACCGUAAUAGAGAUGUUAUUGUGUCUGAUGAUGACCGUGUAGUGGUGACAGAGCCUGGAGGAAGACAUCGGUUCUCCUACACAGGUCCUCCUGUAGGAUUUGUAGGACUGGCACCUCUAGGUAUCUGUACAGACGUGAUGUCACACAUUCUGGUGUGUGAUGAUAACACCAGCUCAGUGCAUAUGAUUGACAAAGAUGGCCACUUUUUGUCACUGAUAUUGACACAAGAACAAGGUAUAGCCAGACCAGUGUCCCUGAGUUAUGAUGACAAAACUCACCUACUCUGGGUAGGAAGUGGCGAAAUAACAGAAUAUGUGUAUACAGAUACAUUGGGAGAAAGGGGAUUUAAUCUGACAGCAAGGGCAGUUGUUAAAGCGUUUGCUGUAGGGUCUGGAAGUAAGGAGUUGAUCCUUUUACUGCACAUUCAAAUCCCACUGCAGGCAUGA